CGCAGCUCAUCGCGGCUUCCAGGGCAGAGCUCCGUAGAGCGGUGCUGCUGGGAGAUGUAGUCCCCCCCCUCCGGACAGCCUCUGACCGCAGGUACUUGUGGCCAUGGCUUCUGUGAGUGGCCUGGAAGUACCGGAGCGGGGCCACCAGCGGCCGUUCCUGAUUGGGGUCAGCGGGGGCACAGCGAGCGGCAAGGUGACAGAGUGCGGGCAGGGGGUAUCCGGGGUGGGGGGUGCUGGGGAUCUAGGUGGGCUCAGUAACUAGCUGGUGACCUGCCAGCUUGGAGGUAAUUAACCCUUCAUUGUCAGGAGAGGGAACACUGGGUCUGAGAGGGUUAACUCUGUCUGUCCUGUCUAAUAUCUCUCUCUAUCUCUCUAUAUAUUAUUAAAUUUUCUAAUAUUAAAUUAUUCCCACCUAUGUCCCAGCGAGAUUAAAGCUGUUCAAACUAGAAUAUAUGUAGAACCCCUUCCCCCUUCCAGUUUGGGGUUUAUUAAUUGCCCCCCCCCCGUCCUAGAAUUAAGAAUAUUAUAACCCAAUAACCCAUUGCUGGCUGCCAUUGGUGCAGACUGUGUACAGGUAAGGUGUCCUUCCUUGGUAUUCAGACACUGACACUCUGUUCUAUGUUAGUGUGUAGUUUUUGUCGUUUUAAAUUUUUUUUAUUUAUUAACCAGACUUUGCUCUUAUGCAAACAUUGACUUGCUUCCCACGUGUUACCCUGUGACAGCUGGAGAUAUGCCAGGAUCCAGUCUGUUUCCAUGGAUAGGUUAUUGCUUCUGUUAUGGCAUUUUGCAGAUCUCUGGCUAGUUUGUACACAAUUCCAUUAUCAGUGAGUGGAGGUGUUUGUAUGUUGCUGUGCCUAACUCUUCUUUAAGCCUACUAACACUGUCCUUGUCAGCAGCACCAUUAAGGGCAAGUACCUCUUAACCGCAAGCUCCCUUAAACCUACUGAAUAUGUAAACUGCUGUACCCUGUUGGAGAAGUGCUGUUAAGAGUAUUAGGGAGCCCCAUCCCCUCUUCCUCCCACCCUCCAAACCUAUUUUCUGCCAAACAUUAGUCAAGCAGAUUGACAAUAAGCUGGGCUCUCAUGCCACACAAACCAUAGCCCCUCCCCUGUCACUCAGAUGAGGUGUAUGUUGAUCCCAUGAUGGAUGUGGACAAAUAAUGAAGAAGCUAAACAUUUGGAUUAUGCCAGCAGCAGUUAAAGUGGGAAUUUGGUAGUUAUGAGAGUUGUUGUUUUGUUUUGUUUUGGGGGGUUUUCAGACUACGCAAACAGUUUGAUAGAAAACAGUCCCCAAAAGUCUUCUAGCUAUGAAACAACGCAAAUAAAAUGUAAUGGUUAACUUUACCUCUAAUACUGAUGAUGUUUUCUCGUGUUUUUUGGUACUUAGUCCACAGUAUGUGAGAAGAUCAUGGAGUUACUUGGGCAGAAUGAGGUUGAUCAUAGACAGAGGAAAGUAGUCAUCUUAAGCCAGGACCGGUUCUAUAAAGUGCUGACUGCGGAGCAAAAAGCCAGGGCCAUAAAGGGACAGUAUAAUUUUGACCACCCAGGUGAGUAGAGUGAUGUCUAAAUCAAUGAUGUUUUAUAAAUCUGUGGAUACAGAAGGUCCAACCCCACAAUAAAUUGUUUGAUUUUUUAUGACAUUUGAAAAGCCUUCUACAACUUUAAGUUGUAGUGUGUUAAAGGGACACUAUAGUCACCAGAACAACUACAGCUUACUGAAUUUGUUCUGGUGAGUAGAAUCAUUACCUUCAGGCUUUUUGCUGUAAACACUGUCCUUUCAGAGAAAAUGCUGUAUUUACAUUACAGCCUAGUAAUAACUUCACUGGCCACGCCUCCGAUGGCUGUUAGAGAAACUUCCUAGGUCAUGGAUGUCUAAAAUGCAUCCAAACAUUCAGUAUCUCCUCCCUCUGCAUGCAGACACUGAACUUUCCUCAUAGAGAUUUAUUGAUUCAAUUCAUCUCUAUGAGGAGAUGCUGAUUGGCCAGGGCUGUGUUUGAAUUGUGAUGGCUCUGCCCCUGAUCUGCCUCUUUGUCAGUCUCAGCCAAUCCUAUGGGGAAGUAUUGUGAUUGGAUGUCAGCAUGCAGUGGGCAGGUCUAAAGGAAACAGGUACAAAGCCAGCAGCUCCAGACUUGAAUACAAGUAAGAUUUUACUAGAUUUACUAGGCAUGAGGGGGCCAGGGGGGCUAGAUGGUGGUUUUAACCCUAUAAGGUCAGAAAUACAUGUUUGUGUUCCUGACCCUAUAGUGCUCCUUUAAAAAAAAUUACCAGUAAUAAAAAUUCCAUUGCCAGAUUAACCUUCUCUGAAAUACUUAUAGAUAAUCUAAUUUUAAAGGGUUCAGUCUUUGCAUUAUUACAAAAAUCUUAGUGCUUAUUGUACCUUAUAGCUGGAGCAGUUUGUAAAAACUGAUGUUGCUGUAAGACGGGAGGCCAAUCUCUGUCAGCAGAUUUCUUGAAAUGAAGACCUAGUUCUAAUCAUCCGUCCUAAAUGAUGAUUGGAACUGCUUUUUGAUGGAAAAACAAAUUAAUCUACAAGCAAAUACUGCACUGACAAUUAUGGGAUAAGAUCAGUCUACAUAGACCAGAAUAAGAUGCUCCUGAUUGGAGCGUUUCAUCAUUGUGUAGGAGGUAGAAACAAAGAAGCAAAAAUUCACAAACUCUGUCAGUUUAUUUCUGUGUUGAUACUUUCUGUUACUACACAUAUUUAGUGGUCUCCCACUGGUUACAUUGUUCCAUACCAGUGGAUGCUUUGGUGCCUACGUCUUUAUGUCCAGUCAGCAUUAUAUUCAGUUUGUGAAUUUUUGCCUCUGUUUCUGUUGCUAGUAUCUAUGGUUAAGCCCUUGGCAUUGCUGGAGUGCCCUCCUGGUGCAUGGGAUCAGUGUGGAGGUGGUGUUUAUUCCCUUUUACACCCAUUUUCACACUGAUCCCAUUUCUUUCUAAUUUUUCUGGGUUGACGAAAAGUGAAGUUUGUUAAUAACAUCUAUAUAUAACGACACCUCCCCUUUUAUCCCAAAAGACUGUAAAUUAAGUAAAAAUUUACCUUGUAUUUUGUGCCAGGGGGUAGGGGGGGAAGACAUUCCUUAAGCGUUUCCACACCCCACAUCACUCCUUUCCAAUUAAAGGCUACUCAUAUAGAAGCAUUUGAAUGGAUUAUUUUCUCUGGCUCUGAGUCAGGGAACAAAAAAACAAGUCUGAUGCAUAUUAAAGGACCACUAUAGGCACCCAGACCACUUCAGCUUAAUGAAGUGGUCUGGGUGCCAGGUCCAUCUAGGGUUAACCCUUUCUUAGGGUGGGGGGGGGACCUAGAGACCCUAUAGUGCCAGGAAAAUGAGUGUUUUCCUGGCACUAUAGUGGUCCUUUAAGAAAUAUAAGGAAAAGGAGAUAGGGAGGGGACAUACAGGGCUCCCCUUGUAGGCACGCUCCCAGCGGUACCUGCAAGGGUAGAAUAGUUCAUUGCUUCUGGCACCAGUGGGUAGUGCAUUCUAAUGACCUGAUGACAGAUGUAAUAGUUGCACAUAAUUAACAGAGUUCCGUGUCACGUGUACCUGGGGUGUAACUAGCUCCCGGCACAAAAAUGCAGAAAUGCUGCAUCCAGAUUCCUUCCUCCUUGAUCACUUCUAUUUACCCUUUAAAUACUUUUUAUUUUCCAAGUAAUUAAUAUUGGUACUAGAAAGUAGAUUAAAUUGAUGACCACCUCUUGUUCAAUAAAUGUUUACGUUCCAACUCGUGAAUAAAAAGUCUAGUUUGUACACCUGUGGUUUUUUAUUUCUGUGAAAGCAUUUUUCUUUGCGGUUGUACAUAUUGCAUGAAACGGUAUGCAUGUCAAUGGCUUCUGAAAAAUGAUUUAAAGGGGCACUAUGGUCACCAAAAUUUUUUAGCUUAAUGUAGCAGUUUUGGUAGAUAGAUCAUGCCCCUGCAAUCUCGCUGCUCAAUUCCCUGCCAUGUAGGAGAUAUCACAUUUUCUUUUUUAUACUGUCACACCUCUCUGCAUAUGACGUGCACAGCCUAAACACUGCAAAUAGAGAGAAACGUCCUUUAUUGCAAAUUCUGUAUAAUUUAGAAUGUAUCUCAUGCUCUGUUAAUAGCCUUCUAGACCCUGCGGGACCUCCUGAGUGUGAUUAAGGUUCAUUUAACCGAGUGAGAGAUUAAAAAAAGAUCAAAAGCAAGUAAACGUCUGAUUGAAAUUGAAACUUCUUUUUUUAUUUUUUUUUUCAUUCUGGCUGUCAGUCACAGCCAGGGGAGCUGUGGCUAGGGCUGCAUAAACCAAAACAAAAGUUAUUUAACUCCUAAAUGGCAGAUAAUUGAGCAGUGAGACUGCAGGAUAUGAUCUAUCCACAAAAAAACGCUUCUUUACACUAAAUGGUUUGAUCCCUGUAGUAUCCCUUUAAUUAAUUUUACAGCACUUUAUCUAUUGCAGAAUAUAAAACAAAAUAUUUGCAAUUUUCUAAUUGGGUUGUAUAUAUUUGUUACAAGUAAUCUUACAUUGCACUUUGAUACCUGUACUAAUAUUUUUGUGCAUACAAUUGCAGUUUUCAUUUUAAGUCUUAAAAUACCGUAUUUUCCGGCGUAUAAGACGACCCCCAACUUUUCCAGUUAAAAUAUAGAGUUUGGGAUAUACUCGCCGUAUAAGACUACCCCUCUUCCAAUGCACACCAAAUAAAAUUUAACCAUGAUGUACAGUGAGCAGACAGAGCUACACAGCAAGACUAAUCUGAAAUAGCAUUUAAAGCCCAGGUAUGUGCCAGGCUGUUUGGGCAUAUAAUCCAUGCCUGCUGGUCUAGCACACAGGAGGCUAAUUGCGAUAUAUUCUUUUUACUCCCUCAGUGUGCACUUCCUUUCAGUCCGGCCGGGAACAGGUAACUGAAUCUCCUGUACCGCGCGGUACCCGGCCGGACUGACAGGACGAAGAGGAGCUCGGCCACCCACUCUGCACAGGGAAGGGGAGGUGAGAAGAGAGGCAGUGCGGCAGCCGUCUGAGCGCUCUCUAUAGAGCACUCAGGCGGCUGCAGCAUUAGAAGUGCCGGCGAUGGGGGUGCAGCGUGCCCCUUGCAGCUAUAUAGACCCUAUACCCGACGUAUAAGACGACCCCCGACUUUGGAGAAGAUUUUCCAGGGUUAAAAAGUCAUCUUACACGCCAGAAAAUACUGUAAAUAUCUGUAAGUUUGGUCAGUGCUGUAAAAUGUCAUUUAUCGUUUCCCUCCUAGACGCAUUUGAUAAUGAUUUGAUGUACAGAACAUUAACCAGUAUCGUAGAUGGUCAUAUCGUGGAUGUGCCUUUAUAUGAUUUUGUUACGCACUCUAGGUAAGUGUAUGUGUUUAUGCAAAAAGCAGAAAUCUAACAUUAAAAACCAAAUAAAAAAGUUAUCUGCGCUCUUCCCAAAUCCCUAUGCAUAUUUAAACAAAUGGAGGUUAUUUUGUUUUCUUCAAUGGCCAUGAGAAGCUUUAGCCCACCUACCACGUCAAGGCAAACCUCUCAGGUGGGUCCUACACUAACCUUUCACCUUGCUUCCUUGAGCUUCUGGCAAAGAUAUCUCUAAUGAGACAGAAAGGGGUAUUUGGGAGAGAGCGCAGGUAACUUUUUUCUUUGGUUUACCUACCCUACCCCUUUCUGUCUCAUUGGAGAAACAAAAUAACCUCCAUUUGUUUAAAUAUACAUAGGGAUUUAGGAAAAGUGCAGGUAACUUUUUUUUUUUUCCCUUUGGUUUUUACUGUAUGUAUUGGGGCUGAUGAACUAUUGUCAUUGCUGCCGCCCAGAAGUGAUGGGAGUUUGAGCACAGGGCUUCUAGUUAUGACAAUCUAACAUUGUCAUAACUAAAAAGAAAGUCUCACUUUUUUUUUUUUUUUUUUUAAAUAUCCGUGCAACCCAAUAUUUUUUCAAUGUGAUUUUACUAGCUGAUCAUUUUGCCUAUGAAUCCAAUAAUGAGGGUUUAUUUACAAAACUUCAAGUUGUAGUGAGUUAAAUAAAAAAUAGCUGAUCUAGAAGAAAAUCAGCGAUCGUAACAGCUUGGUUAUUUUUGCCUAUAUUUAGCCAUAUAAACUUCUGUUUUAAUAAAGCAGAGUUAGGGAAUAAACCAUUUGGCAACCAUAACCACUUACAUGAUGGAAUCUUAAAUUUAAAAGGAUGCUCCAACCAAAAAAACAAUGUUUUCAUAAAACGCUGGUCUUGGUUAUAACAAUCAUUCUAAGGUGGCCAGCCCCCUAAAUUAAAAAAUGAAAUUCAAAAUGAAUAAAACCCCACUGUCGAGGACUAACAAGGCUGAAACUAUCAUCCAGGGUGGUUGUAUCCCUGGAACAGAGAGAGCUGGCCUGCAUUUUGGAUCUGGGCCACCCUUUUGGGUGCAUUAGUGUUCUAUGCAAGUGGUUUGGGUUCUCUCUGUAAUGGCACAUGAUGAGCUAAAACCAGCUUGAGAUCUGAGCAGGGACCCACUUAAGGGCCACCUCUUUGAGCUGUUGUCUGUUUUAAGUAUUCUCUUGAACCAACAAACAAGCAAAUGCUAAAACUCAACUAGGUUUCAUCUCCGAGUCCAAGUUCUCCCUGCAGCCUAAACCCUUCUUGGCGGAAGGGAAGAGAGGGCAGGUGAGGCAUGGAUGAGGGUACAAUUCUAUCAUUGGCUGGCUGGCUGGCUGGCAUCACCAUGCUGUGCUUGCAGGUGUCAGAUCCCAAUAUUGCAUAGAAUUGACAUUUGCCAGCCAGGAACUUUGUUGUGGCUAAUGACUGUCGGAGAUGGAGUUACACCUAUGGCAGCUAAGGGGUUAAUACCUAUAUGUGCAUAAACUGCUGUACUUAGAGACUUCAGGCACCAUGAACACUGCAAAUGGAUGAAGUGGUGAUGGUGCUUGCAGUAACCAUUUUAACAGCUGAACCAGCAUUCCACUGUGCAGGAUGGAGAAAGCGUUCUCUUCAAAAUAAUAAUUCUGUGUGAACUCUGCCCUCAGACAGCACAAAUGCUUAGAAUGCUUUUAUUUGAUUUUCAUUUAACUGCAGGAGGGAUUUAAAAAAUAAUUUCAUAUAAAAGUUUAGGCUGUUUUUAUGUCUGAUCAGACUAUUUAUAACUAGAAAAGCUACGAUUUCUGGGGAAAUUGUGUGAAGUGUUCUUGCCUCCACCAGUAGUCUACAACUGGAGUGGGCGGAGUAACUGGGUGGAGUGGCUUGAGUAACUGUUGUGUGGUUGGAGUGGCUGGAGUAACUGUGGAAAGGUUGGACUGGGCAGAGUAACUUAAUGAAACAUUGAUUAGCUGUAUUGCUGUAACAUUGUAUGUUAGUGUUUUUCUGUUACAGGUAUAACGAAUUGACUAACAUGGAAAUAUAUUUAUUAAAUGUGAUAGUGCUCACUUUUGUGUUACCAAAACUGUAGGAAUGACAGCAGUUUAGAGAAUGUGUUUCAUCUAGCAGCCUCUGUGUUCCGGAACACUCUGCUGGCUGCUCACACACCUGGGUUCCUAUGGCAACUCCCUCUACAGCAAGGGCAGAGAAGGGCAGUUAAAAACAAACUGCUCCAAAUUGCUCACUUCACUGGCGGUUGCCAUCUUCAAAUGGUCGUAUUUUAAAAACUAUACAUCCUAUAGCGAAGAGCUUUAUAUUCUGCUGCAUUGUAUGUCUCUGAAAUAUUAAAAAUUAAGGCACAGUCGCAGUUUAGAAAUUUCCCUUCAAAUUUAAGCUGGCUGGAGUGGAGUUUCAAUGAAUGUCAAUGGACGGCGUGAGUUGCAAACAAAUGGUCAUAUAGUGAAAACGAUCAGGACUAUGGCUUAGCCGUGGACAUUUUUAGUGGCAGCAGGGAUAGCUGAACGUUUUGAUACAAGAUUUGUGUAGGUGGGCUUGAAAAUGAGGGAGUGGUGGCAGUUUAGAAAUCAUGUCCUGAUUUUUCAGCUCACACUCAUUCCCGCCAUUCAUUCCUAUGGGACCAAUUUCGCCACAAAAACUACGAUAUUUCGUGAACCAUUCGGUGAAACGUUCCACAAAGGGUUAGCACACCAAUCGGGAACAAUCCACAGGUUUUGGUAUAUUACUGUCUAGGUUAGUGUAAAAACUGUGGGAGGAGUUAGGGUGGUAAAUUUGGCUAUAAUAGGAAUAACUAGAAAAGCUACAAUUUCUGGGGAAAUUGUGUGAAGUGUUCUUGCCUCCACCAGUAGUCUACAACUGGAGUGGGCGGAGUAACUGUUAUCAUUUAUAUAGCACAUUUAAUUGCAACAUUGUUGCACAGUUACAUUAACCCCUUAAAUCCGGAGGGCGUACUAUUACGCCCUGCAGGAGCCGGCUCUAAACGCCGGCGGGCGUAAUAGUACGCCCUCACUUUAAUGGCCGCCCACGUGGCCGGCGCUAUUCGCCCGCUGCAGAUCGCGGUCGGGGGGGAUGCCCGGCCCCCCAGGCAACCCCCCCUGUGGCCGGUGACCGCGAUCUGCAGUCACUGAUCGCAGUGACAGGCUGUCACUGCGAUCAGUUUUUAACGUGUGUCAGCCGAUUUCAAAUCGGCUGACACACGUGGCCGGCGGCUUUCUGCAAUGCAGAUCGCGGUCGGGGGACUUACCUGGCCCCCCAGGCAGUCCCCCUGGGGUCAGUGACCGCGAUCUGCUAACUCUGAGAUCGCAGUGACAGGCUGUCACUGCGAUCUCAGAGCGCUCUGAUCGCAGUGACAGCCUGUCACUGCGAUCAGUGUUACAUGUGUCAGCCUAUUGGCUGACACAUGUAACUGGCACAAGAUCCCCCUGCAGAUUGGAAGGGGGGAGUGCUUGUACCACCCAGGCACUCCCCCCUGUGGCCAAUUACCCAAUCUGCAGGAGGUGAUCACAGUGACAGGCAGUCACUGUGAUCACUGAUCCUGUGUGUCAGCCAGUGAUGUAAAAUCACUGGCUGACACUGUCUCUGCCCCCUGUCCUGUAAAAAUAAAUAAAAUAUUAGUAAAAAAAUAAUAAAUUACAGUUAAAUAUAAAAUAUACUUAGAUCAUAUAUAUUAUAUAUAUAUAUAUAUGAUCUAAGUAUAUAUAUACACAUACACACACACACACACACAUUUACACAUACACGAAGUGUAUUUAAAUAUUAAUAUAUAUAAUUAUUUAUAUAUAUAUUACUAUCAAAUUACACGUAGACUAAUACUGAUUAAAUAUAUAUAUAUAAUUAUUGUUAUAUAUAUAUAUUUAUAUAUAAUAUAAAAAAAUGUAAAUACGUAAAAAAAAUUAAAAUUUAAAAAAUAAUUAAAAAUAAAUAAUAAAAAAUUAUAUAGAUGUUUGUUAUUUCGUUCUAACUGUAUUGUGAUAUUAAUAUAUAUAUAUUUAUAUCAAAAUACACGUAGAACGAAAUAAUAUAUAUAUCUAUAUACAUAAAUAUAUACAUAUAUAUCACUAAAUAUAUACACCUAUAUAUAAAUAAAAAUAUUUAAAAAAAUUAUAUAUAUGUAUAUAUACACAUAUGUAUAUAUAUACAUAUAUAUUAAUUCUACACAUAUAUUUAUGUAAUAUUUUUACAUAAUUAGGUAUCCUAAUUAAUUACAAUUAGCGGGACCUGCCUGACAACCCAUGCCGAAAGUAUAGGGAAUUUAAUUUGCUAGCACUAUAUUUAACCCUAUAACUUUCCAAGACACCAUAAAACCUGUAAAUUGGGGGUACUGUUUUACUCGGGAGACUUCGCUGAACACAAAUAUUAGUGUUUCAAAACAGUAAAAUGUAUUACAACAAUGAUAUCGCCAGUAAAAGUGAAGUUUUUUGCAUUUUUCACGCACAAACAGCACUUACACGGAUGAUAUUAUUGCUGCAAUACUUUUUACUGUUUUGAAACACAAAUAUUUGUGUUCAGCGAAGUCUCCCGAGUACAACAGUACCCCUCAUGUACAGGUUUUAUGGUGUUUUCAAAAGUUACAGCGUCAAAUAUAAGGCUUGUGUUUCAUUUUUUUCACAUUAAAAUUCGCCAGAUUGGUUACGUUGCCUUUGAGACCCUAUGGUAGCCCAAGAAUGAAAAUUACCCCUAUGAUGGCAUACCAUUUGCAAUAGUAGACAACCCAAGGUAUUGCAAACAGGGUAUGUCCAGUCUUUUUUAGUAGCCACUUAGUCACAAACACUGGCCAAAAUUGGCGUUUUUUUGCAUUUUUCACACAAACAGAUACUAACGCUAACUUUGGCCAGUGUUUGUGACCAAAUGGCUACUAAAAAAGACUGGACAUACCCCAUUUGCAAUACCUUGGGUUGUCUACUAUUGCAAAUGGUAUGCCAUUAUGGGUGUAAAUUUCAUUCCCGGGCUACUAUACAGUCUCAAAGGCAACGUAACCAAUCUGGCGAAUUUCAAUUUCAAAUGUAACGUGCUAUAUUUGACCCUGUAACUUCCCAAAACGCCAUAAAACCUGUACAUAGGGGGUACUGUUUUACACGUGAGACUUUGCUGAAUACAAAUAUGUGUAUUUUAUUGCAGUAAAAGCAAACAGUAUUAUGACAUUGACAGUUAAAAUGUCAUGUAGAACUAAAAAAAUCAAAAAAAUCUUAUUUUCUCCCAUUUUUUUCAUAUUAAAUUAUGUUUCAUAGCUAAAUAUUUGAUAUUAAAUGAAAGCCCUGUUUCCCCUGAAUAAAAUGAUAUAUAAUAAGAGUGGGUGCAUUUACUAUGAAAGAGGUGUAUUACGGUUGGACAGACAUGUAGCGCAAAUGCCAGGUUUUGUUUACAUUUUGUUUCGUUCACACUGUGUACAUUUGGCUCCGUCCUUAAGGGGUUAAACCAUACAUUUAUAAAAACAUUAGCAGGUGUACAAAUGGCCCUGUCUAUGACAUCACUUGCUGCUGCAGCCUGGCACAGGUCAGAGUAUUUUGGCGGUUGCCAUCUUCAAACGGUCGUAUUUUAAAAACUAUAAAUCCUACAGCGAAGAGCUUUAUAUUGUGAGAAUCAGAAGACCCAGACCUACAUUUUGAAGGCACAGUCGCAGUUUAGAAAUUGCACUUCAAAUUUGAGCUUUGUAGAGUGAAGUUUCAAUGAAUGUCAAUGGACGGCGUUAGUUGCAAACAAAUGAUUAUAUUGUGACAACUAUCAGGACUAUGGCUUAGCCGUUGACAUGUUUAGUGGCAGCAGGGAUAGCUGAACGUUUUGAGAUAAGAUUUGUGUAGGUGGGCCUGAAAAUAAGGGAGUGGUGGCAGUUUAGAAAUCAUGUCCUGAUUUUUCAACUUUUGCCAGCUCCCACUCUAGCUUUGCCAUUCAUUCCUAUGGGACAAAUUGCGCCACAAGAAUGACGAUAUUCCGUGAACCAUUCGGCGAAACGUUCCACAAAGUAAUAGCAAUCCGAUCGGGAACAAUCUGCACAUUUUGGUAAAUUUUUGUCUAUGUAGUGUAAAAACUGUGGGAGGAGUUAGGGUGGCAAAUUUGGCUAUAAUAAGAAUAAUAAUAUAUAUGUGAGAUAACAAUAAGUGGUCUUGCUAUGCAAGAACACUUAAUAAUAUAUAUGUGAGAUAACAAUAAGUGGUCUUGCUAUGCAAGAACACUUAAUAAGAAUAAGAAUAUAUAUGUGACAUAACAUUAAGUGGUCUUGCUAUGCAAGAACACUUAAUUAACGUGCCAUUUUAAACAAGAAAAAAAAAAAUCUUUAAAAAACCUCCAUUCUCUGUCAUCACACUGUAGGCUGUCUGAGACCACAACGGUGUACCCUGCAGACGUACUGCUGUUUGAAGGAAUCCUUGCUUUCUACAAUCAAGAAAUUAGGGACAUGUUCCAGCUCAAACUGUUUGUGGACACAGAUUCUGAUGUUAGAUUGUCCCGUAGAGGUAAGUCAGUUUUAAUUGAUUUGGGGCUAUUUACUAAAGGCCGCUUUGACUGCAGUGUCCUUUAAGAUGAUUAUAUAAAAUAUAGAAAAGCUUACACACAGACAGUAUUCAAUAGCAGCUUUCCAUACCUUUUUAACUUUUGCAUUAAUUAUGUACUUUGAAUUUCUCUUGCCUGAUUCAUUAGAAUAGCCACAGUUAGACACCCAGACUGUAAUAAUAUCCCAGAUCUUCUUAAAAGCACGAACUCCACCAGUGGCUCCUGAAAGCAGCACAGGUCAAGGUGCAGAACCGCACUUAUGUUUUUAGAGUUGUCAACAUCACUACAGUCUGCUCCAUGAAUAGUAAAUUAGCUUUUUUGCAGAGAGCCAAACAAAAUGAUUCACUUGCGUUAUUCAAUACUUAGUGCAAGGGUUGUGUAGUAUAGCAUUCUGUUGCUUCCCUUAACAGUGGUCCAGGGACACGAUUCUGUGCCUAGAGAAAGAUCCAUUACUCGUAACUGAAGCAUUUUCUUGUGGAGAAACGUUUUCUCUGUCCUCAUAUAAUUUAGGCAAUGCAAUUCCAGACGGAUAUUUGGGCACAUUAAGAUCUUGUCCAUUAGGAAUAGUUGGUACAUUGACCAAGUUAUUACCCUUUACUGUGAUGGAAUAGAGACCCUUGAUGUUUUCAGUCUAGCAAUAUAUGGAAUAUACUAAACAGAACACAGACAAAGCUGUAACAAUUGUUUCAGCAAAUAUAAUUCAUAAAUGGGAUAUUUCAUGAAAACAAACAACAAAUCUCCUAAUUCUAUAAAUUAGAGAAAAGUUAAUGAGGGAUGGUGGUCAUGGUCUGAUUUCCAUACCAUGGUAUAUUCUUGCUUGUGCUGGUUAGCAGGAUUUGGACUGUGGGUCAUAUGUCUUCUCUUUCAGUUCUUCGUGACAUGAAAAGAGGCCGAGAUCUGGAGCAGAUCCUUACACAAUACACCACCUUCGUAAAACCUGCGUUUGAGGAGUUCUGUUUGCCGGUAAUGUACAGCUCGUUGGGGAUGGAAUGUAAAUAAAAUUAUUAGGCCUAAAAGUAGAUCUUCUGCUUGUAAGAUUUUUGCAAAAAAAAAACAUGCUUUUAAAUUUACAAGCCCUACUAAGCACCCUGUGCAUGGCAUGCGAAUUAAACUCACCCAGACACUACUGAAGGAAUAGAACCACAAACAGAAAUGGGAUACGGCUGUACAAUCUAUAGAGGGAACAUAUAAAGGAAAAAAAAACACACAAUAGUGUAAUACAAUAAAUACAGUGAAUAGUGCGCUUAAAUGGAUGCACUCACAAGAUGAUGAAAAUAGAAGAGCAUUCAUGAGGUGCCUCCCCAGAUAGCAUAGGGGGCUAGUGGUUCCCCUUUCCGGUGUAAAACGACCAAUGGAACACGGGACUCCAGGUAAGUAGUAGUAAAAAAGCAAUUAUUUUAUUUUCUUAAAAGGUGAACAAACACCAUAAGAAUAAAGGUUAAAAAGUGCAGCAAUAGGUCCAACGCGUUUCGUUCACAACUAGCACUUCAUCAGGGACCGCACAGUAAAAAAUCACAGACAAUAUCAUAGAUUGUAAAAUAACAUCCUACUUUCCCCUUAACAGAAUCUCUAUAAAUAGGGCUAGUCCCAAAGUCCCAUUGGUCCAUGGUGUGGGAGUGUCCAGUAGCCAGCCAUUCAAUUGUCCAGGGGUAUUAUCCUCCAGCUGAUGGUGUUUAAAUAGUUUAAAUUGGGCGCGUUCAAUGGGAAAGCCGAAACCGGAAGUGGACGUCUGCCUUCACUUCCGCGUUCCAUUUGCGUUCCACAUGCGUUCCAGAUAUGUUCCAAAUGCGUUCCAAGUACAUUCACUGCUCUUUCUUGACUAAAACAGCGAGGAGCCAUCAAUAUAAGUAGUCAUCAAAACGGAAAAAGCCCAAAAGUGUUAAAUAAACUGAAUAUAAUUAAUCUCUAAAAGAAAAAAAAUGAAUUAGUGUAUAAAAUAUACAACAACCAUAUUAAGGUGGUUCAUAUGGAACUUCCCCAUGUAUUGUAUAUGUAACCGUAUCAUACACCAUUAAAUAGUGCCAUAUGUCUAUUUAAAGUGGCAGACAUCUCCUUAUUCAAUAUAAAAUAAAACACAAAUAAUAUAUUCCUAAAAAAGUUCCCUCAAUAUAAAUAAUUAUUAUUUUAAACCAUAUAACCUACUUAGUACACAUAACUGUAUAAUAUAGAGUUUUUUUAUUUUGUUUUUUUUAAAUUUAUUUAUAUAAAUUAUGAAUUGUAUUGAUUAUAGACACUUCUUUUUCCAUAUAUUCAUGCUGCCAGAACUACUCAUAUUCACAAAGAUACAUAUGGAAUAGUUUACAUAGACAGGGAAAAAACCAAAAAAUCAAUUGGAGGACCCCUUAAUAGUUUUUUUGAUUAUGUCCUAUAUUUAAAUUCUAAUUUAUAUAAUCUUGUUUUCACCCCGGAGUGGAACAAACACGAGAUCCAUUUUUUGGAUCUUGAUAUUUUUUGUGAUCGGGGUCAAAUUCAAACUAAAUGCUUUUUUAAACCAACAGAUGGUAAUGGCUUUGUUCACCAACAAAGCUGUCACCAUAAGCCUUGGCUCAGGGGUAUAGCACGAAGCCAAUUUACCAGAUUGAGACGUAAUUGUUCUCGCCCUCAAGAUUUUCAGAUCCAAUCCUCCCAUAUAAAAAAUAAAUUAUGUGCAAGGGGCUAUAAUAAGAAUACGCUAGAAAAAGAAAUUCGAUCAAUUGGUCUUCUUGAACGGAGCAAACUUUUGGAGGACAAACCUCCCAAUAUUGUUGGGAAUAUGAAUUUUAAAUCAGCCUUUGUCACCCAAUAUAAUACGGAUCAUUUUAAGAUUAAAAGGAGCCUAAGUGAUUUUUGGCCCAUUUUACAACAAGAUCCCAUUUUGGGUAAUUCUUUGUCUGAACGUCCGAUGGUGAUAUUUAAGAAAAAUAAGAACUUUAAAAAUAUGCUAGCCCCUAGCUAUGCCAUUAAAAUAAAUAGAUCUAACGUAUCCCCCGAAUCGGGUUGUUUUAGGGGAUGUAAUGUUUGCAAAGCAUGUACCACCGCCUCUAUGGGGAGAACUAAGGAAUUUAUUAGUCAUAUCACGGGGGAAACCUUUAGGAUUAAAUCAUUAAUAGGUUGCCACACGGACUAUGUAGUAUAUUUACUGCAGUGUCCGUGUGGCAAACAGUAUGUGGGACGCACGAAGCGUAUCUUGAAGGUCAGAAUCUUGGAACAUUUAAAUAAUAUACGUAAGGGACUGGUUACCCAUUCAGUCUCUGCUCAUUGCAGUAAUUGUCCUUCUUUCUCUUUUAGAGAAUUUAAGUGUAUGGGUAUCGAGCAUGUCCUUCCCUACUGGCGGGGAGGCGAUAGGGUCAAAAAGUUAUCCCAAAGGGAAACCUUUUGGAUACAUAAAUUAAAGACCCUUGAACCUAGGGGUCUAAAUAUUGGGAUUGAUCUGGUGUGUUUCUUGGACUGAUUUUUUUGGUUUUUUCCCUGUCUAUGUAAACUAUUCCAUAUGUAUCUUUGUGAAUAUGAGUAGUUCUGGCAGCAUGAAUAUAUGGAAAAAGAAGUGUCUAUAAUCAAUACAAUUCAUAAUUUAUAUAAAUAAAUUUAAAAAAAACAAAAUAAAAAAACUCUAUAUUAUACAGUUAUGUGUACUAAGUAGGUUAUAUGGUUUAAAAUAAUAAUUAUUUAUAUUGAGGGAACUUUUUUAGGAAUAUAUUAUUUGUGUUUUAUUUUAUAUUGAAUAAGGAGAUGUCUGCCACUUUAAAUAGACAUAUAUGGCACUAUUUAAUGGUGUAUGAUACUGUUACAUAUACAAUACAUGGGGAAGUUCCAUAUGAACCACCUUAAUAUGGUUGUUGUAUAUUUUAUACACUAAUUAAUUUUUUUCUUUUAGAGAUUAAUUAUAUUCAGUUUAUUUAACACUUUUGGGCUUUUUCCGUUUUGAUGACUACUUAUAUUGAUGGCUCCUCGCUGUUUUAGUCAAGAAAGAGCAGUGAAUGUACUUGGAACGCAUUUGGAACAUAUCUGGAACGCAUGUGGAACGCAAAUAGAACGCGGAAGUGAAGGCAGACGUCCACUUCCGGUUUCGGCUUUCCCAUUGAACGCGCCCAAUUUAAACUAUUUAAACACCAUCAGCUGGAGGAGAAUACCCCUGGACAAAUGAAUGGCUGGCUACUGGACACUCCCACACCAUGGACCAAUGGGACUUUGGGAGUAGCCCUAUUUAUAGAGAUUCUGUUAAGGGGAAAGUAGGAUGUUAUUUUACAAUCUAUGAUAUUGUCUGUGAUUUUUUACUCUGCGGUCCCUGAUGAAGUUCUAGUUGUGAACGAAACGCGUUGGACCUAUUGCUGCACUUUUUAACCUUUAUUCUUAUGGUGUUUGUUCACCUUUUAAGAAAAUAAAAUAAUUGCUUUUUUACUACUACUUACCUGGAGUCCCGUGUUCCAUUGGUCGUUUUACACCGGAAAGGGGAACCACUAGCCCCCUAUGCUAUCUGGGGAGGCACCUCAUGAAUGCUCUUCUAUUUUCAUCAUCUUGUGAGUGCAUCCAUUUAAGCGCACUAUUCACUGUAUUUAUUGUAUUACACUAUUGUGUGUUUUUUUUUUUUUUUCCUUUAUAUGUUCCCUCUAUAGAUUGUACAGCCGUAUCCCAUUUCUGUUUGUGGUUCUAUGCAUAUGUAAAGAUCGUUUGUUGUGGAUAACGAUCCUGGGAGGCUGCAGAUUGAUUGAAGCUAAGUAAUUUAUUUGAUUAGAGCACUGAGUUGAAGGUGUUUGUUUGUUUUGACUACUGAAGGAAUGCUCGUGUAUGGCAUUUCUCUCUAGAUGCUUGGAUGUACACAAGCAUUGUCGAGACAUCCUAUGGCGACCUAGUUGCCCUGAAUGUAGAAAUACACUGGAGGUGUGUUUUGGUUUGUUUUUCUUUUUUUACAACCUCUGUUGUAUUAUUUACUCAUGUAAAUGUUUAAAUAGCAUUUACUGGGGUGGGGAACAAAUAACCAACAAGGGCAGUCCCACUUACAGGAACACACUAUUGACAUUUUCUGCAGUUUUCAUUGUGGGUGUAUCUAAAACCAGCUUGCAAUAAUGGCGUAUCUAUUGUCUGCAGCCUUUGCAAUUCCUCCCCUUAAAACCCCUCAGUCUGUGCCGGUGAAUACACCAAUCGGAGGCUUUUCAUUAAAGGACAACUAUAGUGCCAGAAAAACACUUGUUUUCCUGGCAUUAUAGUGCCCUGAGGGUGCCCCCACCCUCAGGGUCCCCCUCUCGCCGGGCUGGAUGGAGAUGAAGGGGUUAAACGUACCUCUUUCUCCAGCGCCGGGCGGGGAGCUCUCCUCCUCUUCGGCUGAAUGCACAUGCACGGCAGGAGCUGCACGCGCAUUCUGCCAGUCUAUAGGAAAGCAUUCACAAUGCUUUCCUAUGGACGCUGGCGUCUUCUCACUGUGAUUUUCACAGUGAGAAACGCGGAAGCCCUCUAGCUAUGUUUAUAGAAAUAAGGGUUAACCCUAGAUGGACCAGGCACCCAAACCACCUCAUUAAGCUGAAGUAGUCUGGGUGCCUAUAGUGGUCCUUUAAGAAGCCUAUAUGCUGGAGCUGUGAGUGGCUUUGCAAUGCUUCUCAAUUUAACAAAACUAAUUUUCCAUUAGCUCUGGAGAACUAACUAAAGUGGAAGUACACCUCCCUGGCUGUCUUCCGAGAGAUCCACGGUUGUGUUCCUGCCCCAGUUAUAAAAAUGCAGAUGGCUAUUGGAUUAGCACUUAUAUGAAACAGUCAAAAAAAAUAAAUUACAGACUCCAGCCACAUAAAGGUCAAGUUGUUUUGACUCUUUCUUUAGAGUUGCCCCAAUAAGGAUUUUUUUUUUUUUCCCCCUACAUACAUUACUUACACGUUUUGAUCACCAACACAUGAAAAACUCUGCCCCAAAAUAUAACUUUAUUUAAAGUUAAAUGCAGCUGAAAAAGAAAUCGGUACAAUGAUCAAGAAACCACAUCUCUUGUUUGAGUUCCUUAAUGUUCUGCUCGUGAGCAUUGUGAGAUGCAUCCACAAAAAUGUCAUCUAGGACCAAUAGUUGAAUGCUCUGCCUACAGAGUAUUACUUGGUCACGGUUCUUUUCGAAAGUUAGAAUUCAAAGUAAAUUUCACAUUUCAGGCCACGGUAGCAUAGCUGACUUACAGAAUUUUUCCAUUCUGGCUAUUUUGACCUUAUUUUUUAUAUUCACUUUGAAUUCUCGCUUUAGUAAAAAUGUUUAAUUUUCAAGGUUAAUAAGGUUGAGUACUGCAAUACUAUAUGUUCUUAUACUCAAUCAGGAGUUGAAUAUAAACUACUGUAUAGUAGUUGUGAACAUCAUUAAUUGUAGAAAUAAUGAUUAUAGCUAAUAAUCACUUUUUUUUUUUUUUUUUUUGAGAGAGGGAGAAUUCUUCCCUUGAACAUGUUUAAAUGGAGAAAUGCUUUCAAAUUGCUUGAUGGAGCAUCUAGCAAGAGUCUGUUACAAUAUUGCAUUCUCUACUUUUAUUAGACUAACUUAUUUGUAAUAACUAAUGCGUGGAUCUCACUUUUUCCAGACUAAGAAGUAUGCGGAUGUGAUAAUCCCACGUGGUGUGGAUAACAUGGGUGAGUAUUAUGCAUGCGGAGUGUGCUAGAAUGGGGAAUCGGGAAAACUAUCACUUCAAUAAGAAGAUAUUUUUACUUUACAGUUGGAUAGUACAGAAUGAGCUGAUUGAAGCACAUCUGUUAGAAGUAUUAUUUAUUUCCAUAUGAUUAACCGUUGAACAAAGUUCAUAAUAAAAAUUAAAAUAAAAGAGGUUUUAUCAUAUAAAAAGUUGUAGGCAGAAGCACUAUCUUUGCAGCGGUCGUUUUCUCAUUUGAUAUGUCAUUUAAACACUGCCAACCACAAUUUGCCUCUUUAUGUUGCAGCCCAAUUCUCACACCUGCACACUAAUGCCAAUCAACAUGUGGUUGAACACGGCCAGCUGCUGUCCGUCAGGCUACAGCUGACAGAAAGGGGACUGCUUGUUAUUAUUCUGGGUGUGUGGGUAGCAAUGUAAAUUAAAUCUAUACAAUUGGCACAUUUCCAAAUAAAAGCAAACUCCUCCUCUGUUUUGAAAAGAAAAAUAUAUUUCCCUGUUAGGUUUUUUUCCCCCCUUUUCCAACCCUGUUUCUGUAUCAUAGACAGUAGCAGACCCCUCCUGCCUCCUUCUCUGAUGGCAUCACUAAAAUAAAGAUGAGUCCAUCUUGGUCCAUGAAUAUGUCUUCAGCAGCAAUGUCCUACGCAAGUCCUAGCCAACCUGGAGCAUCAUGGGAAAAUAUUAUUCAGCCCAUAACCUAGUUUGUGAAUGGUCUGCAAGGUUGCAGAGUUUGAAUGCUCAUUGAGAUACAACCGUUGAUCCAGUGGUCUAGUUUAUUACGUUUACACUUCUAGGGAUUUUCUAACAUGGUUAGUCGAAGACUUGUGAAUUGUGUUUUAUUGUGAAUCAUUCUAAGCAGCUGGAUUAGCCAACAUUGACCCAUUGUUGUUUCCAGUGGCCAUUAACCUGAUUGUGCAGCACAUUCAAGACAUCCUAAAUGGUGACAUCUGUAAGUGGCAGCGUGGCGCUGUGAAUGGCCGUUCUCAGAAGAGGACCUUCCCAGGUCAGGGGGAAACAACAGGUAUUCUUGUACCUGGGAAACGCACGCACCGGGAGUCCAGCAGUCGGCCACAUUAAGAGAACCCGACACAAAGUCUUCACAGCUCCAUUUCUUCCUCCAUUACUCAUAUUUCCAAGAGGAGAGGUUUUUGGGACGGUAACAGAGGCAACAAGCUGGCAACUAAGGAUUAGCUUGCAUUCCCCUCCAGCAGACCAGAUGUCCACGAAUCACCCAAGAUGUGUAAUAUUUUUUUUUUCCCUCCUGUUGCAAGUAUUCACUUGUCAGUGUUGCACCUUGAGUGGGCUCUCACAACUAACUAGAGGCUUCUUUUUAAAUAAGUAACUAUUUGAGCAUUUUGUGCCAGAUCAAGGCAUGCUCAUUUUGGGGGAACUCAGAAUAUUAGUCUUUUUAUGCACCUUAAGCAUGUGUGUAUACACACAGCACAUAACCUGGUCCCCCAGAAUAUUUCCAUAAACUAAUGAUGUACAGAACAGGACAUCCUAUGGGUGGAAGCUUUAGUCACUGAAGUGGUUUAGCAUUCAGCAAGUUGUUUUCAUAUAUAUUUGUAUAAACAGUCUAUAGAUUUACUAAGAACAUUGAUGAUGUAUCUCAACUUAGCCCUAAGCGGAAUGUCAAAAAUAAGGGGAAGUGAAUCAUCAAAAGAAAGGAAUCUUCUAUUUUUCUUCAAUGAUUGGGGUGCAGGCUGCUUAUCAAUGUGAUGUCAUAUGCACGUCCAUUAAAAAUUCAUACCAUAUCUUGUAGAAUGGAUAGAGUUCAGGAACUUCCUGAUAAAUUUGAAAAAGCGAGAAGGUAUUUCUAGGUAAAUAUAGUCUAUAUAAUGCAUGUAAAUGGGUAGUAGUUCUGCCCUGGGAUAGAGUAUGAAUGUAAAGGAACUGAACCUCCAAAAGGAGGUCUCCAAAAGCCAUAGAUUUCCAGAUGUUGUCCAACACUGUAGUAAAAGGACAGUAAGACUACUGCCACUUUGGCAGCCAGAGCACAGGCAUAUCAUCUACAGUAAUAUGAUAUAAUUUAUUCUUUUCUAAAGUUCUAGGAAAGCUAUUGCAUGCUGUAAUACAGAGCACAUGGCAAUGUUCUGUAUUAAAUCAAUUUAACUCACCAUUGGGAAAAAAAACAAACGUUCUUAUGACAAUUUGUCUUCAAAAAGAUUUCAGGUGGUUUUAUCCAGAACAGACCCCCAAGUUCUAAGAAUUAUACUGACAACUGUCAGGGAAGAUUCUCAAUAGCGCUCCUUCAGUACAUUGCACAGGAUCUCAUCUGAUAUAAGCACAGCGGGCUGUAUUCACUUAAGAGCGUGUUACAGUGACUUAGGAAUGAAGUGGCAAAACACAGGCCAAAAAGAGCAGAGCUUUCCUUUAACCCCCUUUUACACUUGACUCUGUCUAGAAUUUUGCUAGUUUGUUCUCAAGUCACCAGGGGUUCAGGUUGGUUUACAGAUCUAUGCAUGAAAGAAUUAAUGGAUUCUGGACUGUUAUUUAGAACAACCUUGAGAAUCCCGUACUGUGUCUUAAUGGUAUACAUUUCAGUAUUGACUGUCUAACUGUUAAUGUUCUGUAUUGCAAUAUAUUAUAUAUAUACAGUUGUAUAUUUCUUUUACAGAAAACAGACCAGUAUUCAGUUCAAAUUCUUUUCAUUAAAAAUAAUAAUAAUAAUAAUAGUGUACAAAACUGUAGUGUUUUCUGAACAAGCACCUAUCCAGUGCAUUUCUUGCAGCUAAAUGUUUUUUUUCCCAUCCUGUUCUCGAUUUUGUCUAAUGACGUAUCUGCCCCAAAAGCAGUUUCUAGUCCUAUUGAAAUUCCCAGUUGAAAUGCUUUGGACCUAUGGCUGGCUACAUUAAAUAGUCAUACUGCUUGUCUGAGCAGGUAAGUCCCACACAAUUCAGCUGCUCUUCUUACAAUCAGUCCAUGGAGCAUAUGUCACCGCUUUCUGAUCAAUAUGUCCCAGUUGUCCUUCCACCGCAGACCCUUUAAUUCUGCUGGGGAUAGAGGAGGAUCCCCAUACGUUAGUGGGCAAAGUCUUCGAUAUGUCAGAAACACACUGGACAUCCAAACCACCAGAAGUGCAGAGAAUGUAUUCCUCAGAACUUCGGACCU